AUGGGCCAAACAGAGCUCGCUAACAAACUGGAGAAAGAUAUUACCGGUGAGCUUGAUGUCUGCCAGCGCAAACUCCGACACAAACUGAAAAAGUUUGAGUACAUUUAUGAGGGAAUUGCGCAGCACGGGACUCAGACACUUCUCAACAAGGUGUACACUGAGCUCUACAUAACAGAGGGAGUCAGUGGGACGGUUAAUAACGAACACGAGGUGAGGCAGAUCGAGGCGGCAACCAGGAGACGAGCAACAGAAGACAAGCCAAUCAAAUGUGAAGACAUCUUCAAGCCCAUGGUCGGACAAGACCGAUUGAUCAGGACCGUGCUGACCAAAGGGAUCGCUGGCAUUGGAAAAACGAUCUCUGUGCAGAAGUUUAAUCUGGAAUGGGCAGAGGGAAAAGUUAACCAGGACAUCCAACUCCUUGUUAAUCUUCCCUUUCGGGAGCUCAAUCUGAUGAAGGAGCGAAGCUCCACACUGACACAGCUUCUUCAUCACUUUCUCCCAGAGGCGCAGGAAUCAGGACUGUCAGAUUUUGGCAAGUACAAGCUUGUGCUGAUAUUUGACGGGUUGGAUGAGUGCCGGCUUCCCCUGGACUUUGUCCACAACGAGCCAUGCCGCAGCGCCUCAGAGCCGGCUUCAGUCGAUGCUCUGUUAACGAAUCUCUUCCAGGGCAACCUGCUGCCCUCUGCACACAUCUGGAUUACCUCCAGACCUGCAGCUGCACAUCGCAUUCCUGUUGGUCUGGUUGACCGUGUGACAGAGAUACGAGGGUUCAACAACCCCCAGAAGGAAGAGUACUUCAGGAAGAAGAUCUCUGAUCAAGACAUGGCCAUGGAAGUCAUCAAACAUGUUAAGUCAGCCAGGAGCCUCCAUAUCAUGUGUCACAUACCCGUGUUUAGCUGGAUAUCUGCCACCGUUCUGCAGAAGAUCUUAGAAGAAAUGGAAGGUAGGAAAAUGCCGAAAACUCUGACUGAAAUGUACACAAACUUCCUCCUAUACAACUCCUUGGUCAAAACACAGAAGUAUUCUGCAGGAGAGGUGCCGUCUGAAACAGAGUCCCAGGUGAAAAUAGACGAAGAGACGAUCUUGAAGCUUGGAAAACUGGCCUUCGAGCAACUGGUGAAAGGCAACAUGAUCUUCUAUGAGAACGAACUGAAUGAAUGCAACAUCAACAUCACUGACGCUGCAGUAUAUUCAGGAGUUUUCACACAGAUCUUGAAAAAAGAUUGUGGAUUUCACUUGGAGAGUGUCUACUCCUUUGUGCAUCUCAGCAUUCAGGAGUUUCUUGCAGCGAUGUACAUUUUUCACACGUUCGUCUGCUUCAAUCAGAACUUGCUGGAACCACAAGAGGCCACCGCUGUCCGGGAGGCUCCCAGCGACGCCACCGACCUUCUCAAGAGCGCGGUGGAUAAAGCUCUGGAAAGUGACAAUGGACACCUGGAUCUGUUCCUGCGUUUCCUUCUGGGGCUCACACAGACAUCAAACCAGAUGUUGCUGAGGAGAGUUCUGCCCACGAUGAGGAGCAGCUCACCGAGAAACGAGGAGAUUGCCGAGUACAUCAAGGAGAAAAUAAAGCAAAAUCUCUCCCCAGAAAAAUCCAUCAACCUCUUCCACUGCCUCAGCGAGCUGAAUGAUCGGUCUCUUUUGGAGGAAAUCCAGAACUACCUGAGCUCAGGUCGCCUGUCAGAGACGCAGCUGUCUCCCUCACAGUGGUCCGCACUCGUCUUCGUGUUGCUCACCUCAAAGGAAGAGUUGGAGGAGUUUGACUUGAGGAAAUAUUCAAGAUCAGAAGAAGGUCUUCUGAGACUGUUACCAGUGAUCAAAGAAUCCAGAGUAGCCCUGCUGAAAGAAUGCAGCCUCACACAGAAAUGCUGUAAAGCACUUGGAGAAGUUGUAAGCAAUUCAUGUGUGAAAGAGUUGGACCUGAGUGAUAACGACCUGCAGGAUUCGGGAGUAGAACUUCUGUCUGCUGGACUGGCGAAUCCAACAUGUCAGCUGGAAAAACUGAGGCUGCCGUUCUGUGGCAUCACAGAGAUUGGCUGUAACUCUCUGGCUUCAGCUCUGAGGAAAAACCCAACCCACCUGAAGGAACUGGAUCUGAGUCACAACCACCCAGGACAACCCGGGACGGAGCUGCUGUCCCGUUUACAAGAGGACACUGAACGCCUCACUGUCAGUUUGAACAACAAUGCAGAAUGCUACUUGAAAUCUGCUCUGAAGAAGUAUGCAUGUGAGCUCACUUUGGAUCCGAAUACUGCACAUUCACACCUGUCUUUUUCUGAAGACCACAAGAAAAUGACGCGAAUGGAAACAGCUCAGUCGUAUCCUGACAACCCAGAGAGAUUUACAGACUGGGGACAAGUUCUUUGCAAAGAGGGUCUGAAUGCUCGGAGCUACUGGGAAGUAGAGUGGACUGGGGAAAAGACGGGUAUAGGGGUAGCUUAUAAAAGAAUAGUGAGGGAAGCAAAAGAUAGCGAUUGUGUUCUCGGCAAAAAUAAUGUGUCCUGGAGUCUGCGCUACUGUCACGGCAAAUACAUGGCCUGGCACAAUGAUGAUGAUGCAUGGCUAUCUGUUCCCUACUUCAACUCCAAAAGGGUGGGAGUGUUCUUAGACUGGUCAGCUGGCACUCUGUCCUUCUACACUGUUUCAGCAAACACCAUGACGCAUAUGCACACGUUCCACACUGAGUUCUCUGAGCCUGUAUAUCCAGGCUUCAGGCUGGGCUUUGCAGAUACGUCAUUAACUCUGUGCAGGCCAGAACACACUUAAAUACUGAAACCAUUCAGUUACCCCUCCUUUACCAAGCACUAAAACCAUAAACCUUAAACCUGCAUUCUUGCAAAUGGCCAGCAGGGGGCGACUCCACUGGCUGCAAAAAGAAGACAGAUUGUGUAGAUGUCAGUAGGAAAAUGAGCCUCACUUAACUUAUUACUUCAGCAAACAGUUUUUUAAUGAGUUCAUGUUCUCAAUUGACCGUUGUCACAACUCUCGACAACCCUCGGCAGUCCUCAUCCAAUUCUACCUUAGCAACAGUUACUAAGGGAAGAAGGUCCGUCAAGCUUUGAGCUCUGAGCAACAAGGUGAACCGGUCUGACCCUCAGAGUUAGGAGUAAUUUUUUCUCCAUUUCCAAAACCCAAAAAGCAAGAGGAGCGUUGCUCACUGUGGAUUAAACCUUGUGGGAGAGCCCACGACCAACUUAAUAUCUCCAAGUUAAGCUGCUAGUAGCUAGCUAACAUGAGUUAACUAACGAUUGUCUAG